GCACUUCCCUACCAUUCAGCAGUUGUUGCAUCGACCCCGUUGGGUACAACACGCAACGCAAACGUCUCCCUAAAUACUACAGGGGAAAAAAGCCCUUUCUUCCUCCUCUCUGCUGCUUUGUCACCUCCAGACGAUAACAUGCGUGAGUGUAUCUCCAUCCACGUUGGCCAGGCUGGCGUCCAGAUCGGCAACGCCUGCUGGGAGCUGUACUGCCUGGAGCACGGCAUCCAGCCUGACGGACAGAUGCCCAGCGACAAGACCCUGGGGGGCGGCGACGACUCCUUCAACACCUUCUUCAGCGAGACCGGGGCUGGAAAACAUGUGCCCAGAGCCGUCUUUGUGGACCUGGAGCCCACUGUCAUCGAUGAGGUGCGCACUGGAACCUACCGCCAGCUCUUCCACCCCGAGCAGCUGAUCACCGGCAAGGAGGACGCCGCCAACAACUACGCCCGUGGACACUACACCAUCGGCAAGGAGAUCAUCGACCUGGUGCUGGACAGGAUCCGCAAACUGGCCGACCAGUGCACGGGCCUCCAGGGCUUCCUGGUGUUCCACAGCUUCGGCGGCGGCACCGGCUCCGGUUUCACCUCCCUGCUGAUGGAGCGUCUGUCGGUGGACUACGGCAAGAAGUCCAAGCUGGAGUUCUCCAUCUACCCGGCCCCCCAGGUGUCCACCGCUGUGGUGGAGCCCUACAACUCCAUCCUGACCACCCACACCACCCUGGAGCACUCGGACUGCGCCUUCAUGGUGGACAACGAGGCCAUCUACGACAUCUGCCGCAGGAACCUGGACAUCGAGCGUCCCACGUACACCAACCUGAACAGGCUCAUCAGUCAGAUCGUGUCCUCCAUCACCGCCUCCCUUCGCUUCGACGGCGCCCUCAACGUGGAUCUGACGGAGUUCCAGACCAACUUGGUGCCCUACCCCCGUAUCCACUUCCCUCUGGCCACCUACGCCCCCGUCAUCUCCGCUGAGAAGGCGUACCACGAGCAGCUGUCCGUGGCCGAGAUCACCAACGCCUGCUUCGAGCCCGCCAACCAGAUGGUGAAAUGUGACCCCCGCCACGGCAAGUACAUGGCCUGCUGCCUACUUUUCCGUGGCGACGUGGUGCCCAAAGACGUCAACGCCGCCAUCGCCACCAUCAAAACCAAGCGCACCAUCCAGUUCGUGGACUGGUGCCCCACCGGCUUCAAGGUGGGCAUCAACUACCAGCCGCCUACCGUGGUGCCCGGCGGAGACCUGGCCAAGGUCCAGAGGGCCGUGUGCAUGCUGAGCAACACUACCGCCAUCGCCGAGGCCUGGGCCCGCCUGGACCACAAGUUUGACCUGAUGUACGCCAAGCGUGCCUUCGUCCACUGGUACGUGGGCGAGGGCAUGGAGGAAGGAGAGUUCUCCGAGGCCAGGGAGGACAUGGCCGCGCUGGAGAAGGAUUACGAGGAGGUGGGCGUCGACUCCAUCGAGGGCGAAGGAGAGGAGGAAGGAGAAGAAUAUUAAAAAGGCAACAGAAAACGGCGACAAAUGCAUCCUCCAGACACCCGUCGAUGGGUCCGUUAGCAGUUUGGCUGUUUGAAAUUCCUGAAAAUGUGCAUCUUGGCUCCAAAUAAAAUCUGUGACAAGUGA